AUGGGGUGCAGUGGAAGCAUUGACAGCAGGAGCGUGGAACCCCAGGUUUGCGCCACGGUGGUGCUCCUCGUGCCGGAGUGUCUUGCGUUGUCUCCGAGCCGUGCAUUACCACCCAGUUUCGAUACACAUCGGCAGUAUGUCCAGAAGCUCAACGGGUACCUCUCCGACGUGCUCAAGAAUCCUAGUGGUUUCCAGAGCAGGGUGAAGGUGCGUCGUGAAAGCUUCGGCAAACCAAGGGCCGCGGCCUGUGGGAAUCCAGGCUCAGACGGGGACAUCAAACCAUCUUCCCAUGAGUUCCACGUGUGA